GGCGGAGACAAAGGCUCGGGAUCGCCGUCGCCACAGCACCGCUGGUCGCCUGGUAACCGCCCGCGGCCGCUUUGUCCAGGGGGCGGCUCCCAGCCGGCCGGGGUGGAGCUGAGGUCCCUGCGGGCUAUCGCCCGCCCGGCGGCUCGCCGCGUCCCGAAGCCGGCUCUCGCCCCCACUCCAGUUCCUAUGCGGGUGGCGGCGCUCCCGGCAGCGUGGCCCGUGGCGGGCGGUUCCUCUGGGCGGCGGGUCGCGUCCCUGCGAGCGCGCCUCGGCGCUGCCCCGGAGCGCCAUGAGCUCGGAGCCGCCCCGCGCCUCGCUGCUCCGCGCCCUGUUUAAGAUGGAGCCGGCGGCGGCCGCCUCCGAAGUGCUGGGGGGAGCCUCCGAGUUCGUGAAAGAUCGCCUCUACUUCGCUACUUUGCGGAAUAAGCCCAAAAGUACGGCGAACACCCACUACUUCUGUACUGACGACGAACUGGUCUAUGAGAAUUUCUAUGCAGAUUUUGGACCUUUAAAUUUGGCGAUGUUAUACAGAUAUUGCUGUAAACUUAAUAAGAAAUUAAAGUAUUUCAGUCUGUCAAGAAAGAAGAUAGUUUUCUAUACCAGUUUUGACCAGCGGAAACGAGCAAAUGCAGCUUUUUUAAUAGGUGCAUAUGCUGUAAUAUACUUGAAGAAAACACCAGAAGAAGCAUACAGGACACUUCUGUCUGGAUCGAAUCCACCAUAUAUUCCAUUUAGGGAUGCUUCAUUUGGGAACUGCACCUACAAUCUCACCAUCUUGGACUGUUUACAGGGAAUAAAUAAGGCCUUACAGCAUGGAUUUUUUGACUUUAAGACUUUUGAUGUGGAUGAAUAUGAACACUAUGAGCGAGUAGAAAAUGGUGAUUUCAACUGGAUUAUUCCAGGAAAAUUUCUGGCAUUUAGUGGACCUCACCCAAAGAGCAAAUUUGAAAAUGGUUAUCCUCUUCAUGCACCUGAAGCCUACUUUCCCUAUUUCAGGAAACAUAAUGUCACAUCAAUUAUAAGACUAAACAAAAAAAUUUAUGAGGCAAAACGCUUUACUGAUGCUGGUUUUGAACAUUAUGACCUGUUCUUCAUAGAUGGAAGCACACCAAGUGACAGUAUAGUUCAGAGGUUCCUGAACAUCUGUGAAAAUGCUAAUGGUGCUAUUGCUGUACAUUGUAAAGCUGGCCUGGGAAGAACAGGAACACUGAUUGCCUGUUACAUAAUGAAACACUACAGGUUCACACAUGCUGAAGCCAUUGCUUGGAUAAGAAUAUGUCGACCAGGCUCUAUUAUAGGACCUCAACAACACUUCUUGGAAGAGAAGCAAGCAAUGUUAUGGCUGGAGGGAGAUCUCAUACAAUCGAAACAGAAACAGCGAGUAGUUGAUGGAAACAUUAACAGAGUUCUCUGCGGUUUGAAUGAUAUGUCAAUCAGUGACAGCCUGAAUAAAGUGCAAGACUUGGAUCAGUAUGGGGAGUAUGAUUUUGAAGACAAAGAAGGUGUGGAAACUAAGGAUGGCCUGACACAGGGAGAUAAGCUUCAUGCCUUAAAAAGUCGGAGACGGCCAUGUUCUACAACUGGAGCUCUGAGGCUGCAAGAAAUGAAACUGCACACCAGGUCCAUAUCGCAACCUUUCAGACUGAAUACUGCAGGCAGCACGGAAGGAUCUGUAUCUCCAUUGAAAGCCUCAAAAAUCAUGACAGUUAAUUCAUCGUCUGCAGAAAGAAUAAGCAGAAUUACUUCAUCCUCAGGCUCAAAUCUUAAAAGCGUUUCUAUAAACUCCAGAUUAGCCAGUUCUCUAGGGAACCUGUAUGCUGCUUCAGAUGAUGAGAGCAAAAUGACAUCACUGUCCUCUAGGACAGGUUUUUCUGUAAGCCAAAUCUCCAGCCACUUGAAUGGCAGCUUGCAGCUGCCUCGCAGAAAUAACCAUGAACUGAACAACAACUUGUACAACAGAAGCAGCAAUAAUGGCAACAACCUGAGCAGCCAAACCAGUUUUCACAGCACCGUGACAGAUGAGUAUGCAUCAAGUCUCCUUUAUGGGCCUUACAGCUCUUCCAGCACAAUACCAGAGUCGAUCAAUUCCUGUUUUGCUAUGGAUGCCAGAGACCAUUUCUACAAUGACAAGUUAGUUAUAGUGGAAAAACAGAGAAGACAUCUAAGGUUCUGAGUUCUUAGGACUCAUGUUGGUCUCCAGUAGUUUUCUCUAAUCCUACUGAUUUUAUGCAGUUUGAAAAUAUAAGGGUGGGAUGUAGAGUGUGGAUGAGUUACGUUUAUUAUUACCUAUUUGUUUAUAACCGUGCCAGUAGAAUGAAGAGCUCUCAAAUAAGAUUUUAUGAUCAUCACAACAACUUCCUGACCACAUUUGUAUAGGAGGUAAUAAAACAUUUGGAUGUCAUGUGAACCGAUUACUGAUUUAGUAAGAAAACUUUAAUAGAACCAGUAAUGCAAAUAAAUAUAGUAGGCUUGUGGUGCUGUAAUGUUUUUCCCCUUGGUAAUUAGCUACACAGCAUGAAUUUCAUAUGUCACUGUGUGAACCAACACCCAGACCAACACCUCGGUCUUCCACAGUAGCACUUUAAUUCCCAUUUGGGAUAAAUGGAAGCAACUCAAUUCUCAUAGCUGCAAUCAUACAUUUUCCCAAUACGCCUUUAAGGUAUUGUCUUAAGGUGUAAUAUUAUAGAUUUUUUAGUAUUCUUUCCAAGGAACUCUAUAAUUUGGUUUGGAGAAGUGUAGAUACAGAGAAAUUGAUGGAUUUUUAGCAUCCAAUUUUUGAGUUCCUAGCAUUUUUUUUUACCUAAAUCAGAAUGCAGAAAUUCAGAUUUCCUUCCAACUGUUCUUUUUUUUUUCCUCCUUACUGUCAUUCCAUUCUUCCCUAUCUUGAAGUGCAAAAUACAUAUUAAAUACAAGUAUUACCUCAAUGAGUUUUAAUCAGUUUUUCUUCUCUGCACAGUCCCUUCAGUCUGAAUAUGUUCAGUACUAAAGCUUUGCUGCUUUGGUGAAACCUGCUGAGUUCUUACCGUGGAAAUCCUUCAUGAAGAAGAAUUUAAGGAAAGAAGCUGCUCAUGCCGUUGAGGAGUUUUCAAUAAAAGUUGUAUUAAAACCAUAACACCAAGGAACAACUUCUCAACAGACAGAAAUUUCUUAUUCAUGACUACUGCAGAUGCACUGAAGUUGUUUUAUGGAAAUUAUUCCUCCAUAUUAUAUACAGAUCUAAAUUUUUAAUGUUGAAACUACUUGAAUAUAUUUCUAAUUAAUUUCAUUAUGACUUUAUUAACUUGUGUACAGUCUUAAAAUGUAUUGAGAGAAUAUUUUAUUAAGCAAUAUAUAUAAGAAUUAUGUAAAAAUUAGAAUGUUUUAAUUUAGUUGUUCACUUUGCUACCAAAAUGUGUAUUUUAAAGAAUUUUUACAUGUUUAUCAAAGAUAUUAUUUUUUUAAUGAACAAGAGGUUUUUCUUGUUUUAUGGGUCCAUUAUUGCUUAAAGGCUAAUGUAAUUACCUCUUUCGCUGAUUGGUCUUCUGAUAACUUGGUGGAAGUCUAACUAAUGAGACUAGUUAUUAUGCUAUCAACUGAAAGCACUUGGAUACAUAGUCUGCUUUCCACAUUCAGCUGCUGAUGUUUCAUGAGGAGAUGCUAUGAAAGAAAAAUGAGUUACAUUGCAACCUUCAUCAUCACUGCAAAAAGAAAGUAACUUAGCUGAUUAUUCAGUUAAUUAAUACUUUUUCAUUUUACUUUAAAGAAUUGUUUUAACUUUGAAACGUAGAAUGUUAAAUUAUGCUAUGCAAUGUCAACUGCAAAAAUGAAGACAGACAAAGCAUACUGACAAAGUAAGAAUGUUUGUAUUUGGCUGUGCUGCACACUUGCAUUUUGCAAGUUUCAGUAGCAAAGCACACCGAAGUGAAUGUUUGGAAGUAUACUGAAUUGUCACUUAGUGACUGGAUGUUCUAUGAACCUUUGAAUUUGAAAACUAUUGUCAGAUAUAUAGGUAGUUUAAACUGCUGUGUCACACAACGGUUUUGUUAGCAGUAAGGAUAUUCUUUAAUACAUUAGCUGCAAUUAGGAAUGAAUCUUUGAAUGAAAUGAUCUUACAGCGAAGUAUUACAGAUCAUGUAGAAGUUUUUCAGAAUUCCACAAAUGCGAUCACAGCAAAAAUAAUAAUAAUAAAAAAAAGCAUCUGUGAAAACUAGAAGACAAACACAAAACAGAUUUGUUAGCCAUGAGUUUUUCCUACAUCUACAGGAACAUGAAAAUAGAACUUAUUGAUUUGUCAGUCUUUGUUUCUGAAGACGUGAAUGAUCUGCGUUUGCCCUGCAACUGAAGUUGCCACCAAAUUGCUACAUAGUUAUACUGAAAGUGUUAAUGAGCAAUACUGAGAGCAGCUCUAGAAAUCACUGAAUAAAACUUACAUGCAAUACUGUACUUUUCCACAAUUGUGUAUAUGUAAAAUAUACACACACAAAGUAGCAUAUGUGUGUGCAUAUAUAUAUAUAUACAACAUACUAUAUAUGAAUUAUAGAUUAAUGGUAAGGUAAUUCUACCUCUUAUGAAAAAAAGUCAUGUGCUUUGUUAUAAAUUUCCUUUAAAAAAAAUUGUUUCAUUUUGGAAUGUAGAUAUAUGUACAUGUAUACAGCUAAUUGAUAAUAAAAUGCAUAUAUCAGCCAGC